AUGUUUUUCCACAUCUUCUGGUUCCUUCUUCUGUUUAACUGCAUCCAACAUGCUGUAACUCAUCACCUAGACACCCAACACCUCGCCCAGCAAGAUCUCACCAUGGCCGACACUCUCGACAUCAAUGGGAUGCCACGCCCGAACGAUAUAACUUGCAGGUAUUGUUCGCGUGUAGUGCCGUAUCAUAUCUGCACCAGCACAGCGGCGGGCAACAACGGACGCUGGGUUGCAACGUGUAACAACGACCAUGGACCCAAUGGACAACCGUUUGUUCAUUUUCCUGCGGGUUCUCGAAAACCCACCUCGCCUCCCUCGACCCCGCCGUUGGCUCAAACCGCAACAUUGCCCGACGCUACUGCCCCGCCGCCAAUGCGAUGCGGCGUUGCUGGCUGCAAGCAGCGCAAUCUGCACCCCAAAUGCCAGCGUGGCCUGUGCAAGAAGGACUGCAUUGCUGCGGGCGGUUGUAGUGUUUUGACACACGGAAAUCGAGACGCGUUCUUGAACCCCGCUCCCGCUGCUGUUGCUCCAGCCCAGACGGUGCCACCUCCACCACCCCCAGCCGUCCCAGCGACCACUCAACCACCAGCAACUCGUUACCAACCCCAGAUGGCGCCUGUCUUCACUGAUGGUGUUGCCCGCCGACAGGAGGCGCUCGAGAAACAGGCCAAGGCGUCGUCAGUAUCGCGCCUGAAUGAAAUGCGAUCCAACCACUCUGUCACGGUGUACGUGUGGACUGCAAACGGGGAGCCACCACUCUCGCAUACCUUCCAAGAGGGCGACGACGAAUCCUUCAUCUGGCCUCAUAUUCCACUCUCACGGGAACUCCUCCUGCCUCUUGGUUUCUUGCCUGCAGACAGCGCCAUCCCCGCACCGCCCAUCCAGAUUCUUUCAGAUGGAGAUAUCCGGCUCUGGACCGGCAUCAACCUUGGCUACGUCGCUCGAGUCUCACAGCCAGGGGGGAAGAUCUUUCUGAAGCUCGCGACGGUUAGCGAGUGUGCCAAUUUUGUUGCCCUCACGGCCCCUCCCCCACCUGUUCCACAUCUCCGCCAUAACCUCCCUGGCCAGCGUGCUGAGGUCCGCAAGCUAGUUCGUGCAGUGUCAACCCCCGCCACCACAUCCUCGAAGCGAUCUCGUGCAGCUGCAGGUCUCGACCACUCGCGCUCGCCUUCCCCGACAACCCACGAGCUGCCACCAAUCCAACCUGCACCAUUCAAGGUCAAAGCAGCAAAGACGUCUAUCAAGGUCGAGAAAGUCAAGCUCGAGUCCACGCCCGCUUCUGCUUCAGCCCAACUGCUCGCUGCGAUCAAACCUGCACCACACAAGGUCCAGGGCGUGAAGAUUGAGCCCACAGCGGCCUCUAGCUCGAAGACCAAGCCUGUCACCACCUCCGCCUUGAAGACUGAGCCUGCGACCACCUCAGCUCUCUCUCAACCACUUGCCGCGAUCAAGGCUGCACCGUACAAGGUGCGAGGAGCGCAGUCGACCAUCAAGAUAGAGGCUCCCGUCAUUGUCAAGGCAGGAACCCCAUCUGGCCUUGAAAUGAAGGUCAAGAACGAGCCCAUCACUUCUGUUCGUGUCAAGCAGGAGCGAGUUGUCAUCGAGAUCUUUGACUCUGACGACGAGCAGGUUCCUGCUCCUGGCGCUGGUUCAAGUGUCAAUCCAAUCACCCUCGACUCUGACUCGGAUGUCCCUGCGUCACCUGUGCUUGCCGCAACACCCUCUGACUCGGACUACAACUCGGACGAGGACGCUGACUCGGACGACGGCGCCGCACCUUCUCCACCCCCUGUCCUUCUUGACGAUGGCCCUCAGUGGCCCCGAAGCUUCUAUGCCUGCGACAUCAUUGAUUGCCUCAACCGUAUGGUUACGAGGCUCCCUGACGGGCGACUUCCAAAGCCCCGCCCCAUUUUCGAGGCCUAUUUUCCAGGUAUGACAUACGUACGGCAGACCGUUAGCGACCAGCGCAAGCGUUUCAAGCUUCUUCCACUGGAGAAGCAGCAAGCUGCCGUCAAUGCUGGACGCACUGAUGCCGGGCUUUGGAGUGAGGUUAUGGAAGAUGCACCGUCACUGAGGUGGCCGACACGGCUUGGCAUGGGUAAGAGCGGCGCAGCUGGGAAGGCUAAGGGGAAGAAGAGGCUCCGUUCGGUGAAGGAGGAGAUUGAUAUCGUCUAG